GCCGGGCGGGCGGCGGCGGCCGUAGCAGCAGUAGCGGCCGCAGCAGCAGCAGUCGCAGCGGCGGCUCCUGGGGCCGCUCUUCAUCCUCUUCCCGUUCCUCCUGGGGCAGCUCCAGCCGCUCCGGCUCCAGCUGGAGUUGGGGCGGUUCCCGCAGCUCCUCUUCCGGCUCCUCCCGAUGGGGCUCCUCCAGCCCGUCGGGCUCCAGCUCCUGGUCGUGGGGCAGCCGCAGUUCCUCCCCAUCACCGUCCCCCUCCCCUUCCGGUGGGUCCAGCUGGUUCCGGUGGGGCAGCAGCCGCACCUCCUCGAGCCCCUCCAGCUCCAGCCGGUGGGGCAGCCCCGCCCGCCGCCAUCGCCGCCACCCCCUCGAAAUGGGGAAGCUGGGCGCCCAGCGGCAAGCCCCGCGUCAUCCAGCCGGCGAUGCACUACGCGCCCGCCGGGACGUCGGCCAUUCGGUCGGCUGUCAACCGCCCGGUCGUCCACGUCCCGAUCGCCACCGGAAGUCUGCGCCCGGUCGUCCCGGUGUACUCGCCGCACCGCACCUACAUCCACACGUAUCACUACUACCCAGGGGGAUACUCCAACACCUACCUGUUAUCCCACCACAACGGGUACGUCAACGGCUACCUCCUGGGGCGGAUGGUGGCCGGAAGCCAUUACCGGGACGCGUACGGGUGUUGUUAUGACUGCGGAUGCGGGUAUUAUGGACCGACACCGGCGUGGUAUUAUGACAGCUACGUUCCGUAUCGCUACAGCUACUAUGCUGAGAGCAGCGCCCCCUCCGUGUAUACUACGCCGUCGCCGGCGAAUACCGCCGAGAAAGUGGACGUGUGCACGCUGGCGCGAUGGAAUCUGGAGCUGCCGUUCAGUGAACUGCCGAAUAUGAUUCUUAGAUUCAUCGCCAGUGAAAAUAUUUCCGGCAGCUCGGAUGCCGGAAAAGCACGCUUUAUGUUGGAAGUGUUGAACACAAGCGCUGAGACCUACGGCAACCUCCCGGAAAAAGCCAACAUCUUCCAGAUUGACAAAUCCUACGAUCUGAAGCAGUGCAACAUCCAGAUUAAACGCCGCAACGCCACACAGCUGGAAAAUCCAACGCCGACGAUGAACGUGACUGCCGGCAACAACACCACGGCGCAUAAACAUUUGGCUAAAAUCCAGAAAUGGCGCAGCAAGAACCUGCACAAAGGUAGUCUCAUCUGCCGCAGUCCCGAAGUAGCGCAGUUCAUCGAAGAGUGCCAUUUUCCGCCGCCGGAAGAGCCCAUUUUUGCCGGUAUCGCGCAGCUGAAAUCGGUGUAUCUGAACACUUCCGGCGCCGACGGCAACGCCACGACCGCGAAGGACGUAUUAAGCAAUCUAAUUACGGCCGCUAAAAACUGCUAUCCGGCCGACGUGAAACCCGAUGUGCACCUGGCGCCCUGUCUGGACUUUUCGCUGGAUGCGGCGCAACUACGCAGCCUUUCCACAGCCGGCUCCGUUUUCGGCAAUGAAGAUUUAUGCCGUAAAUUCUUGACACCGGAUGUGAAGAAAUGCACAACACCGCCGCCCAGUGCCGUGUCGCGCUGCAGCAGUGCCGAUCUCCUGACGCUCAACGUGUUCGCCCGCAAUUUCUACCUGUGUGAAGAACCGGUAGACAGCAGCCUGAUAACCAAGAGCUAAUAGUACCGGAUGCAAACUUAUUACGAAACGGACAUUUCGAUGGAAGCCGCGCGAUGCAUAAACCAAAGAUAUAUCUUCUCUGUACAGGCAUAUAUUACGGCGUUUAAAGUUGGUGUACAGCGAUCCAGCACCGUGAUACGGAAAAUCAACGCCUCGUUAUCUGACUUAUCUCAUGCACAGAAUCUGUUUGACACGUAUAUUCUUUUACUCCAAAACAAUGUACUGGCUUUUCGUACUAUAUCGUUAUAUAUCUUCGAUACCAUACUUCUAUACAAUAUGAUAUAUAUUCUUUACUGGCAAUUUCUAAUUGGAAAAUAAAAAAUUUUUCUUUGAUGAGAUUUAGUGUACUAGAAAUCAAU